AUGGAACCCGAAAGAAACGCAGCAAUGACCCUGGACGACACAGCCGAAGUGCACUCACAGCCAGACUCUGCAAGUGGCACGACAAAUAACUACACAGACACGGAGACGGCGAUUGCAGCACCACCACCCGCGCCUCCUGCCGCGCUAGAACACCCGUGGCCACAGGGCGUCAAGCUCGCCUCCAUUCUCGCGGCAGUUGUCACCGCAUACUUCCUUGUUUUCUUCGACAUCGCCAUCGUGUCGACCGUGACGCCGCCCAUCACGUCCGAGUUCAACUCGCUUGUCGACAUUGGCUGGUACAGCAGCGCGUACACGCUUGCGAGCUCGGCAUUCCAGCCUUUGAGCGGGAACAUCUAUCGACAUUUUUCCAUCAAGUGGAGCUUCCUGAUCUUCCUGUUCGUCUUCGAGGUCGGAUCAGCACUAUGCGGAGCCGCUCAGUCGUCCACAAUGUUCAUCAUCGGCCGAGCCAUUGCCGGCUUGGGCUCGGCAGGUAUCUUCACCGGCAACGCCACCAUUGUUGCUAACGUCCUACCGGCGCACCGUCGACCAAGAAUCAUGGGCAUCAACAUGGGGAUCGGCCAGAUGGGCUUUGCGCUCGGUCCCAUCCUCGGUGGCGCCUUCGCUUCUGGCCCCUCGUGGCGUUGGAUCUUCUACCUCAACCUGUUCUUGGGUAUCCCUGUCGCUGGCGGCAUGCUCUUCAACAAGGUGCCCGAGGCUGCCCCAAAGCUGUCCCCACGCCAAGUCCUUGGCACGGCUGUUAAGUCACUCGAUCUCGGCGGUUUCCUGCUUGUCAGCCCGGCGGCCGUGAUGUUGCUGCUCGCACUCGAGUACGGCGGCAGCCAGUAUGCGUGGAACAGCUCCGUCGUCAUCGGCCUGAUGGUGGGGGCUGUUGUUACGUUUGCCCUCUUCUUCCUCUGGGAGCGUUCGCAGAGCGACCACGCCAUGGUGCCCUUCGCCAUGCUCCGACACCGCGUCAUUCGCUCGGCCACCCUGACUUCGUUCUUCAGCGUGCCGGGCAUCCUCAUCGCCGACUACUACCUCGCCAUCUACUUCCAAGCCAUCUUGAACGACUCGGCGCUCAUGAGCGGUGUUCACCUGCUGCCCAAGACGAUGAUCAUGGUCGUGUCCACCAUCCUCACUGGCACUCUCACCCAAAAGACGGGAUACUACCUCCCGUGGAUCAUGCUCGGCAGCGCCCUGUCAGCCAUCGGUUACGGCCUCUUGUCGACCCUAACUCCCACAACGUCUGUGGCUCGAUGGGCGGGAUACCAGAUCCUCAUCGGCACAGGCAUCGGCGCCAGCGUCUCGGGGCCGAUGCUCGCGGUACAGAACAUCGUGGCCCUCAAGCAGAUGCCCAAAGCCGUGUCCAUCGUCCUGUCGAUGCAGAACAUGGGCAGCGCCAUCUGGCUUGUCGUGGCCAACACCAUCUUCAACAACGAACUGCGCCAGCGGCUGCAGCAGAGCGUUGACCUCAUUGGCUUGGACCCGAGCGUGGUCAUCAGCGCCGGUGCCCGCUCCAUCCGGGAUCUCGGCCUGAACGAUGCUGGUGUUUCUGCGGUGGUGCAGGCCUACACGGACGCUAUAGACCGUACUAUGUAUUUGGGUGUCGCUGUUGUCGCGACUACCUUCCUGUUCAACUGGGGCUUGGGCUUGCAUAACAUCCACACUGUCAAACGCGAGGAGAUCGUCGAUAAGAAGGCACAGAAGAAGGAAGAGGCUAGCAAGGCGUAG